UUCGUGGUUUCCAUCCAGGUGUGCCGAUCUAACGUUACUACUGUACCAGCGGGCGGCAUGGCAGAAGCAACGGCAGCAGCUCCCGUGGAGCGCCCAGGCCGACAAGGCACAAACCGCACAGCGCACAUCUGGGCACACUUCGUCAAGCGACGAGACCUGGACAAGUACUUCAACAACUGGCGCGUCGAGUGCCGCCACUGUCGCGACGCUUACGACAAGCGGGCGUCCGACGACGACGUUUCGCCGCCCGAGAUUGUUAUCAGCACGACCGUUAAGAUGAUGGCUCAUCUGCGCUGGUGUGUACACGCACGUAAAGUCAUCGGCAACGACAUGCCGCCGUCCCCCGUCAAGGUCGUAGCGCCCAAGCGAAAGUCCACGAGUAGUAAUGGCCACGACGGGUCGCCGUCCGGCACGAAGAAACGCCCGACGCUUGUGAAGAUCCAGCCCUCUGGCGAACCAGUCGCGAAGGAAGCGAGCACGCCUGCGACCGCGUACAGCACGGCGUACAUCUGGGAACACUUUAUCAAGCGCACGGAUAUGGCCAAGUACUACAACAACUGGUACGUCGAAUGCAAGCACUGCCACGACGCCGCCGCCGCCGCCGGGACGACUCCGCCCAAGGUGUUUGUGUCUGCCAUGGCGCGCAUGAAGACGCACCUGUUCAAGUGCGCGCACGUCCCGGCGGACGCGCUCACGGCGUUCCGCAAGGCCGACGCCGACAUGGCGCCCCUCCAGCCCCGCCGCCGCGCCAAAGGACCUAUCUCCAUCUCGUCGCACAUGGUCAGUGCGCUGGCCGUCCGGACGCAGCACCCGACCCGCGCCAACCAGCUCUUCCAUCUCGCACUGCCCUUGGAAGAAGCCAUCGACACGACGACGUUGGAGUGGCUCACACAGUCAUCAGCAGAACGGCCUGCCUGGUUCGCGCUGUCCAAGGUACAAGCCACAGUUGCAACCUCCGACGUGUUGUGCCAAGUCGACCUCGUGUGCAGCCAAGACCUGUACAACCUUCCCCCCCGCUCGUUGGACAAGAUUCAAGCGGCGCUGAUGUCUACAGACCAGCCAGUAGCGUCCCCCCAAUCGUCGAUCCCAGUAGUCGACUCUGAUGCAACCACUUCGUUUUUACAAGCCCCGUGCAAAGCCGAGUUGGCAGUGGACAAGGAAGAAGAUAACUCUAUGGACGUUGAAAACCCCAUCCAAGAUAUGCACACAAGAAAGCGGCCGUGGCCGACAGUGUUGUGGACGCACUUUAUACCUCGAGCGCCUCGGUUGGGAUGGUACUUGGGCGUCGAGUGUCGGCACUGCCACGUGGGCAGCAGUAGGCUUGACCCUCACUCGUUGAAACAAGAAAAAGAAGACCUUCUCGUGUCAUCUCCUCGACGGAUGCGCCGCCAUAUGCAAACCUGCCGGGGUCUGUUCAAGGACGAGGAGGUGGCGGACCCGCCGCCGCCGUCGCCUGAAGAAGACGUCGCCGGCGGUGGCCUCCUCCAUAGGGAAGAAGACCCGAUAGAAGCAUUGGAGUAUGCUGCGAUGGAGUAUGUUGUCGUGCGGAAUGAGCACGAUCCACGGGGAUACAGCCUCGCGCAGCUGGGGUACGAUGUCACAGCCAGCAUGCUGCACGGCGCAGAGGACGCGACCGUCGAACUGACCAUGUUGCGUAUGUGACACUGUAUGCAUGGCAUAUAUCUGACGGAUGUUGAUGUAUGUAUACAUGGGGGUGCAGAAGAGGACGAGGAGGUGCAGCAGCAGCAAGGCAAGGUGUUUACGUUUGGACAAGACGAGAGGCGGCCAGUUAAGGAGAUUGUGUGCAGCGUGGAGCUGCACCUACUGACCACGUCCCCGCCGCAUCGACUCGAACUACCCCCCGACCAACUGUUAAAGGUGCAGAGCAAGGUGGGGUAGGUGCAAGGCCUGGAGAAUAUAACACGUAUGUACCAUAUGAACGAAUAUCUUAGUCGGACAUGGGGUACACAGUGGAGCUGUUGGACGAGUUUAUGUGUCCGCAGUCGUGCCAGGGGGUGUUCAUGGACGACGACGAUGCGACGGACGAGUCUAACAGGUCGGAAUGGAAACUUUGGUCGUGGUCGGAAGGCACGCUGCUGCGGAGAAUGGCGCGGGUGAAGCGGUCGUCGUGGAGGAUGGACGCGGGAAGGGCGCGGUCGUUGUGGUAUAUCGACUCAAACCACGUCGAUGAAGGUGCCGGGGGAGCGAGGGACAUGGACGGAGGAAGGUCCACGGAGAUGGUCGUGUCGGUCGGUUUCGAACGAAAGGAACGCCGACGCCUGUAGAUAUGAGUAGCGAGAACAACGAAACCCAUGACGACGGUGAUGACCACGACGAUGGUGAUGACGUGGUUGUUGCCGACAUCUGAGGUGGUAGGAACGCUAAAAUCGACGGACACGAUGCCCUCGCAUUGAACCACCGUCGACGGAGUCGUCCAAAGCAGGCGCAGGUGGAGGGGGAAUAUGCCUUGUCCAGGUAACGACACCUCCUGGAUCGUAGACGACGAGUUCUUAGCAUCGAGGAAUGGUGCGCACGUGUCUCGGACGCAUGUGGAGUAACGCAUGUCGGAAGUGUUGAUAGAAGGGGAGUCGUACGUCCAAGUGACGGUCGUGUUCAUGCCUUGGAUGGGAGAUCGUUGUUGCUCAAAGAUCAAGGUAUCCUCAGGUGCAACGAUGGUGACCGAUGUAUCGUUGGCGAAGGAUUGGCAGAAGGACG